UAAAGUUUCAAUCCGAAUUGAAACUUGUAAUUUUAUAUUCCUAGAAACAGAACUAUACGUUUUCCAUUCUUUCAGUGUUUAGAAUACUGUCGCGUUUCGAUGGGCAGGUUAAGUGAUAAAAUAAAGGUUUACUUGAUCAUAAUAUUUACGGUAUUCUCAUUAGUUUUGAUAAUUGGUCAGAGAAAAGGCUCCCAAACUGAAUUUCUAUCAUUUACCUAUAAAGAGGAUUAUUCAGGGUUAACUUUCACCAGUGGCAACUACAAAAAUGAUCGAUUUCAAGAAAUUUCUUCAAAUUACAGUUUUGUCGUGAAUGAUCAAAGAAACAUACGCGCUAGCACCAAAGAAUGCAAACAAAGUCCCUCAUCGCUUAUGGAGCAAACAAGGAGACAUAUCAGUCAAACUGUUCGAGAACAAUGGCUGUUCAUGAAAAGUCAGCUUCGAGCACUUCAGCAGUUAAUAUCAAACCCGAAAAACAAGCAACCUUUCGAUUACAAUAAAUACUACAAAAUCCUUCAUUAUAUAACAGAACACGGGUCAGAAUAUAGCAGGGUUAUUGACUUGGAAGUGAAGCGGUUAGCAAGUCUUGACGGCUGGGAGAACUGGAGAAAGAAAGAAGCCCGUGAGCUGAAACAAAUUGUUCGCAGAAGCUUAAUGAAACUCCAGAACCCAAAAAACUGCAGUAAUGUACCUGUUCUUAUCUGCAAUUUGACUAAUCCUUAUGGAUUUGCAUCUGGAGUUCAUGAUGUGCUGUGGUGCUUCAUCAAAGCCUACAAAGAGAGCCACAGACUGGUUUUAUUGACAUCGCACUGGCAUUAUGCGCCUGAUGGAUGGGAGACAUUGUUCCGGCCUCUGAGUGACGCUUGUCGCGAGGAUACCUUUAAAGUACAUAAAAGCAUCUCACCAUGGCCUGGAGAAAAUAAUAACAAAGCCCGUUGGAUCAUGCGUACUAUUCCCAGAAAAUUAGGUCCCAGGAUAAUACGACUUUAUGGAAAUCCUUUAGCAUGGUGGUACGGACAAUUUCUUCAGUAUUUAAUGAGACCAAACAUUCAUCUAAGUUCAUUAUUAGAGAAGUUAACUAGAAAUAUAAAUUUCACAAGCUCCGUCGCUGGAAUACAUGUCCGACGCACGGAUAAAAUAGGCUCUGAAGCGCAAGCACACAAGUUGGAAGAAUACAUGCAACAUGCCGAAGAAUACUUUCAAACCUUUGAACUGACAUCAGACCAAAAAACUAAACGGAGGGUUUACAUCGCAACGGAUGACCCAGGCGUAUUGCAGGAAUGCCAUGCAAAGUAAUAAUAAUAAUUAUCCAGUUUAACCUUGAAAAUACGCUAAAAAUGUAGACAUGUUGAAUGCAAAUAAGAAGGCUUUGUUUUGAAUAAAUGACCAAUGGGUGUUUAUAAAUGAAUGGUGCGGUUUUAAAAAUUAAUAAUAAAUCGAUGUAUUACCUUGCCCAUGGUAAAAUCUACACCGUAGGCAUAGGCAACUGUCCAAGUUUCUCAUGCGUUACCUGCUGUUUGUUUGUCAUGAUAACUGGGCAGCCGCAGCAUCAGUUUCCAAGAUGGUGUCGCAACAGGAAAAGGCUUUGUGUGUUCUCCAUUUUGAGGUAUUGAGAUCUGUGGUUACAGUGCAUCGUGAGUUUCAUGCACGAUUUAGGAAAGAUCCACCACACAAGAAUAACAUAAGUAGGUGUCACCGUCAGAACAAAGAACAGAGCAGAAUACCGGAAACGAACUCCUGUCCUGGUGUGAAUCUUUCAGGAAUUGACGCCCAUACCCCAGAGACUCUCCGGAUUAAGACCUUUAAAGGCCCCAAGCACUUCAAAAGAUUUCGGUGUACCCCUGCAUGUACCUUAUAGCUGUUUUCCCCAU